AUGGCUCUCCAACUACAGCUGUGUCUCAUGGUAUCUCUCAGUGCCUUUAUUGGUUCUCAUGCACUCUCCCGUCCAAGCAAUGGGUUGCGCGACUGUCGUAAAACCAUAACGAUCCCGGCACUAGAAGUGUUGCCCGGUGGCGGCUGGGAUAACCUCCGUAAUUUGGACAUGGGAAGAGUGAUGAACUUAAGUUAUUCCCAAUGCCAAACCACAGAGGAUGGAAUCUAUCUCAUCCCUGAUGAAGUGUUUGUUAUUCCACAGAAGAUGAGUGGACUGGAGACCAAUUCGGAGUUAAUCUCUUCGUGGCUCGACCAACGGAGUACCACCUCUUUCUCAAUCAACGCAGGAGCUUCCUAUAAACAAAUCAACGGAAAGUUCUCUGUAGAGUUUCAAAGGAUGAAGACUCAUCAGGUCCGGGAGACUGCUGUUACUACCCUUGUACAGGUGCGGAGCCAUAUGUACACGGUGAAGACGUUUCCAGACUUCACUCUGGAUUCCCGAUUCGCCCACCAAGCUGAGGAAAUUGCCGAUGCUAUCGUAAACAACCAAACUAGGCAAGCAGCUUACCUGUCAGAGAGGCUAGUCCUUGACUACGGCACUCAUGUGAUAACCACCCUUGAAGCCGGUGCCUCUUUGGUGCAAGAGGACUAUCUCAAGGCAUCUUACGUUGCCGACAGUGCACUUUUCAAAACUGCAGUGACGGUUUCUGCCGGAUUUAAGUUUUCAAAAGAAGUUAACUUUAAUUUUGGCAGCAAUCUCUCUUAUGAAACGUCAGAAACUCGCAGUUAUGAGGGAAAUGUGACGUACUCUCUGACUCAGAGCCAUGGCGGGGCUUCGUUCUACCCUGGCAUAACUUUGCAAAAAUGGCAGGAGAGCACUCUCAACAACCUGGUAGCUAUAGAUCGCGCAGGUUUGCCGCUGCAGUACUUUCUUUCCAGGGCUGCGUUUCCCAACCUUCCCGAACCAACCGUGCAUAAACUGGCCACUUCUGUGCGUAAAGCUAUAGAGCGCUACUAUGCCGUUAACACGCGGCCAGGGUGUGUUCAGCAAGAGUCUCAGAAUUUCAAUUUUCAGGCAAAUGUAGAUGACGGUAGCUGUGAGGGUGCAGCAACUAACCUGAGCUUUGGUGGUGUCUACCAGCAGUGCACCAAGCUCACACAAGAUGCAGAUCCAAUUUGUGAUGCACUUACUCAAAAAAAUCCAAACACUGGUAAUUACACCUGUCGUGAGCCAUUCACACCUACCCUCUUACAAUCUCAGGAGGUGGCGGAGAAAUAUAAUCGCAAAAAAUGCUCUUUUUUUGUGUGUAGAAACGUAUACUAUGUCAGACGCGCCAAAAUUGAUACUUAUUGGUGUUCUACAGACACAGUAACACAAAAGUAUUCCGGGUAUAUUUUUGGGGGGCUCUAUGGCCCAUCGCUAGAGAACCCUCUAACCAAAUCUAAUAGCUGCCCUCCCAGCUUUAUCCCUCUAAAACUGCUUGCCAAUGGACUGGUGGUGUGCCUGAGCAAUGACUAUGAGGCAGGCUCUCGCUUCUCCGUGCCCUUUGGGGGAUUCUUCAGCUGCAAGUCUGGCAACCCGUUCAUGAAUGGCCAAUCUCGCUGUCCGCCACAAUUUAGUCAGCACCUGGCCGCCAUAAGCGACGGGUGUGAAGUGCUCUACUGCGUCCAGUCAGGUAUCUUCACUGGUGGAGAGUUGACGCCCGUUCGCCUUCCUCCCUUCGUCGUCGCCCCAGUUACCUACAUGCCCCUCAGUUACAACAAUGUGACUGUUGUGACUGAGGGAGAUAAGGCCUGGAUACGAGUCAAAGGCACAAAUAUGUGGACACUGACCAACGCAAAUGAGAUCGAAAAGUUACAUUCUGAAUGA